AUGGGGCAACUUUGGGGUUGUGCAACCCCGCGGGCACCCAACCUGACACGGGCAACGUGUCACCACCCGGCCCCCAAAUCCCCCGCGCCCAGCCAAGGGGGCACCCCGAGGGGUUCAGACGCCACCGCCCAUCCACGGGGACACACGGGGGACCCCCCCCCCCCGCCCUGCGCGUCCCCCCAAAAGAACGGCCACUCUGCGGCUUGGGGCCGGGCGUUUCCCAAGGGGCAGCCCCGGGGGUGGGUCCCCAGCGGGGAUAAAAGGGGCGCGGGGGUGGCCGUGGGGACAGCGAUGCCGAGCUCGUGGGUGCUGGUGCUGGCGGUGCUGGGGGGGGCCUGCGCCCUCCCCGCCCCGGCGCCCCUCUCCUACACCGAGGCGCUGGGGCAGGCCGUGGAUUCCUACAACCAGCGGCCCGAGGUGCAGAACGCCUUCAGGCUGCUCAGCGCGGAGCCCGAGCCCGGCCCGGGCGUGGAGCUGAGCUCGCUGCAGAGACUCAACUUCAGCAUGAUGGAGACGGACUGUGCCGCCGGCGCCCGCACCAACCCCGACGACUGCGACUUCAAGGAGAACGGGGUCAUCAAGGAGUGCUCGGGGCCGGUGCAGUUCCGGCAGGACUCCCCCGAGAUCGACCUGCGCUGCUUCGACGCCUCCUCCGACCCGGUUCUGAUCCAGCGCGGCCGCUUCGGGCGCUUCCUGAGGAAGGUCCGGCGCUUCCGGCCCAGGGUCAACUUCAACGUCCACUUGAGGGGCUCCGUGGGGCUGGGCUGAGCAAUAAAGGGGCCACCGGGAGUGGCCGUGUGGGCA